UUUUAGAAACUCUACAGACUUAGUGCUGGAAAAUUUUUAUUGUGGGAAUAAUCGAAAUGUAUUUGACGGCAAUGAUUAUCCACAUUGAACUCAAGUAGCCUAAGACUCGCAUGUUUUUUGGAAGGGGAAAAGAACCCAAAGUUGCCAACAUUUGAAACCUUCCAUACACUUCCUCUUUUAUCUGUGUGCACCUCCUCCCCACGCCACACCUGCUGUUGGAUUGAUUCUACGCCACAGCCAGAGAGGCGAGAGCUAAACCACAGUGAGCACCACUCCCACCUGUAAGAGUUUCUCCGCGCCGAGGGCUUGAAGAUGAAGAAGCAAAAUGUGCGGACCCUGUCUCUUAUCCUCUGCAUGUUCUCCUACCUGCUGGUGGGCGCUGCGGUGUUCGACGCACUGGAAUCCGAGACGGAGAGCUCCCGCCGACGCAUCCUUGAGCUGAAGCGCACUGAGAUGAAGAAGAAGUACCGCUUCUCGGAGGACGACUACCGGGAGAUCGAGCGGGUGGUGCUGCAAGCGGAGCCCCACCGCGCCGGGAGACAGUGGAAAUUCGCCGGGUCUUUUUACUUUGCCAUCACGGUCAUCACCACAAUUGGCUAUGGCCAUGCAGCUCCAGGCACAGAUUCAGGGAAGGUCUUUUGCAUGUUCUAUGCCGUGCUGGGCAUCCCGCUCACCCUGGUCAUGUUCCAGAGCCUGGGCGAGAGGAUGAACACGUUUGUCUGCUAUCUCCUGCGCAGGGCCAAGCAGUGCCUAGGGUUACAGAGGACUGAGGUGUCCAUGGAGAACAUGGUCUUGGUGGGCUUCCUGUCCUGCAUCGGCACCCUGUGUGUUGGGGCAAUAGCCUUCUCCCACUAUGAGGCCUGGACCUUCUUCCACUCCUACUACUACUGCUUUAUCACGCUCACCACCAUUGGGUUUGGGGACUUUGUGGCCCUGCAGAAGAAGGAGGACCUCCAGGAGAAGACGCCCUAUGUGGCCUUCAGCUUCAUGUACAUCCUGGUUGGACUGACAGUGAUAGGAGCCUUCCUCAACCUGGUAGUGCUGCGCUUCCUCACCAUGAACACAGAGGACGAGAGGAGGGACGCCCAGGAGAGGGCCUCCAUCAAGAGGGAGAGGGGCCUGCUGACCAUGGGGCUCCAUGGAGGAGGAGGAGGACCAUGGCAGGGCAGAGGAGUGCUUAGGGUCAGGGAGAGGGACAGGAUGGGGCAGAGCCGCAGUCACAUCAAUCUUUUCCUGCCCAUGGAGGAGGGCACUAGCCGCACCAACCUCAUCUCCUCCCCAGCAGAGGAGCAGGAGGAUAGGGACAGGGCCAGGGGUGCCCCCUGCAGGCAGAGGCUGCAUUUACAGCUGCAUGGCACUGGCAGACAAAGGCCAGAGUCUCCCCUGGGCUCCUUGUGUUCCUGUAUGUGCUACCAUCUGGAGGUGUGUGAGAGCCCCCUGCCUUCCCACAGGGAGCACCCUGGGUGCAACAUUAACUCAGUCUACUGCAACUCCAUCUCUUACAGGAUCCAGAGCUGGAGCCCCAGAGACAACACAGGACUCUCGUCCCCAGGGAGCACACUCUCGCUUGGGCACAACUUCAGGGAGUACCCCUGCUGCCGGAGGAAGUCAGUGUAGCACCACGUGGGACAGAAUCUUUGUUUGUAAAGGUUGGAUUAAUCAAGUAUUUUAUACAUAUUUUUAAUACACUACAUAGGCAAGGUGUUGUAGUACACUGUAGAUGCACACGCUUUAUUAUAAAUAAAUUGGUGUAAAGUAUUGGCAGAGGCAAGAGAAUCUGUUUUAUAACAGGAAUUUUAGAACCUAUUUUCCCUAAUCAAAUGAUUACAAUGCUGUAUUUAUACAGGAUGAAUUUAAGUUGUUUUUGCAUUAUAGCCGCUGGAGAUGUAUCUUGUGAAUCAAUUCAUUUACUAUUGUAAUACUCUGUGAGUUGUUUGUUUUUUCCCCAAU